AUGGAAAAGGAGUUUUUACCACAUCUUAAUGUGCAAACUAAUUCUAAUCUUUCGUGGUCUUUACUCACUGUUUCACAAUUAAUCGAUUUUUGGGAUAAUUGUCCAAGAAAAUUGAAUUAUCUGGCUAUUGCGGAUUAUUAUCCUUACGAAGUGGGCAGCUUUCUUCGUAGUUGUAAAGAGAAAAACAUUAAACCAGUUUGGGGGGUAAAAAUCUUUGUGAGGGUAGAGGAAGGAAAAAAAUACUCCGCUACUAUUUAUCCACAAAAUAACCGAGCAGGUCGAGAAAUUAUUACUAAAUUAUUCGGCCCCGCUUCUCCUCCCGAUCGCACUUUUGCUUGGGAUUACGUGUUAAGUAAUUUUAGCAAGGAUUGCUUCAUUGUGGGUGAAGUACAGCAACGAGAUGAUAUUAAUUUUUUUUCCCAAUUUAUUGCCACCAGUCCCAAUAUUUUUAUUGAAGGUCGCGAAGAUUAUCAAAAGGUUUUAGAAAAAGAAUUAGUAGUUAUCGAAAAAUUAGGUUAUGUGGAUUAUUUUUUGUUAUUUAGCGAGGUAGCGGAGUAUUUACGGGGUCAAAAUAUUAUUGUUGGACCGGGCCGAGGCAGUGCCGUUUCUUCUUUGGUAGUCUAUUUGCUAGGAAUAACUAGUAUUGAUCCCUUACAGCAUAACUUAUUUUUUGAGAGAUUUUUGAACGAGAAGAGAAAAAAAUUACCGGAUAUUGACCUUGACGUUGAAAGCCAAGAAGAAGUAUUUGAUUACUUACGAAAAAAGUACUCACCAAACCAAGUAGCCCGUAUUGUCACUCGAAAAAAAAUCGGUUGGAAGAUGGCUGGACUGGAAAGUGCUAAAAUUUUUCGUUAUCCUUCUUUUUUGGCUCUAACUGAGAAAAUUCAAGAUUUAUAUUACAAUACCAGCGUUCACCCGUCCGGAGUGGUUAUCGCUGAACGUUCAUUAGUUGGAACUGUUCCAGUUAAAUCCGAAAAAGAUUUUCUAGUAACUUUUUUUGAAGAGAACCAAUUAACUCAAUUGGGCUUCAAAAAAUAUGAUUUUCUGAGCCUGAAAGAAACACUAAGUUUUGUCAGCCUCAUCAAAGGACUUUCUUCGCUUCGUCGGAAAUCGCCAUCUUAUCACGAAGUAGACUUGACUGAUCCGAAAACUUGGAAGUUGUUAACCCAUUUCUGUUUAACGGGCAUUUUUCAACUUGAUACUCCUAACGCUCGGAAUUUAUUCAGCCGUUUUCGGCCUAGUAAUUUUGCAGAAUUAGUGAUUUUUCUCGCUUUAAAUCGACCCGGAAUGAAGAAACGGGUCAAUGAAAUCAUUAGCCGAAAAAUUGGCCGAGAGAAAUCUACUUUCGUUUCGCCCGUUUUAACAAAAAUCUUCUCUGAAACUUUCGGCUUGGUAGUUUUUGAGGAACAGAUUAGCCAGAUUCUGGCUCUGGUCUAUGAUUGUUCUUUUGCCGAAGCUGAAGUUAAAAGACGAACAAUGGCAACUGCCGGCUUGACCAAAGAUUUUUUCGCUCGGACUCGCCAGCAAAAAUUAGUGCGAACCGACAGUGAACUACUCUACCAGCAAAUUACUUCCGCCCAAGGUUAUACUUUCAAUAAAGCCCAUGCAGUAGCCUACGGAUAUCUAACUUAUUACGUCGCUUACUUAAAAGCCAACUUUUUCCCUGAAUUUAUUAUUUAUUUUCUCAACGAAAAAAAAGGUAAAAAUUUAGUUUGUCUCCAAGAAGCUUUUGCCUGGGGUUUCGAGUUGAGAGGUCCUGAUAUUAAUUAUUCCCAAGUUGAAAGUUUAGGGUGUUAUCUCAGUUUUUUUUCUCGUUACCAAGAAAUAACCAAAAGCAAGCAAGCAACUUCAUUAUCGGCAACUUUUCGGGAAUACAAUAACCAAGAAAUAACUGUCGAUAUUUACGCUAUUAUUUGUCAAAUCAACAAAGAUAAUGCUGAUACUUGGACGAUUUGGCUACAAGAUGUUCGUAGCUCUUUCAAAUUGGAAAUCAAAGACCAGGAAUACCAAAUUUACCAAAAAAUUUUAGCAAUUCAUAACGAAUUAUUGUUUACUUGUCAAAUCCAAAUCAUCAACCAAAAAAUUAACUUUAUUAAUUUAAAAAGAGUGCGUGAAAUGCAACAAGAUAUUAUAAAAGUUCGAGGUCUGCUCACUUCCCGUAUCGAAAAAAAACCCAGCAUGGAUAUUCCUGCCUACGGAUUUUUUAGUUUGGAAGGAGAGAUGAAGACGGAUAUUCCCGUAGUUUUUCGGAUUAGAGACCAAGAAGGUCAAUGGCUUAAACCCAAAAUCCCCAAAAAUUCCCUAGUCGAUUUAGAAGGGUAUUGGGCCAAAAGUUCUAAUG